AAUCAGUGGCAUGGAACACGUUAGUUCUGAAAAAGAUGGGAUUCACAUUCUCAUCACCACCCAUCUUGUCCUCCGCUCACUUUCCCAAGCGUCUGAUUCACACGAGCCAUAGACACAGAGUUGGGUGACAAUGGAGUGUCCGCGGGGAGAAGGAGAAGAGGUGUUAGUGGUGAGGAACAAGCAGGUGAUCCUGAAAGACUACGUCUGUGGCUUCCCAAAAGAAACAGACUUCGAAAUCAAGACCAGCGAUGUGAGAUUGAAGGUGGAGGAGGGCUCCGGUGGGGUCAUAGUGAAGAACAUCUACUUGUCCGUCGACCCUUACAUGCGUCUGCGCAUGCGCAAGCCUCAACCCAAUCCCUCCUACUUCGCUUCCUACUCUCCGGGCUCUGUAGUCUCUGGGAAUGGAGUGGCAAGAGUUGUGGAAUCUGGGCAUCCAAAUUACAAGAAGGGUGACUUGGUUAGGGGAAUCACUGGGUGGGAGGAGUACAGUGUGAUCACAACACCUGACACGCUCUUCAAGAUACAGACCACCGAUAUUCCGCCUUCCUUUUACCUCGGAAUCUUGGGUGCAACUGGCUUGACUGCCUAUGUUGGUUUGCACGAGAUAUGUUCACCGAAGAAGGGUGAAUAUGUCUUCAUUUCAGCAGCAUCCGGUGCAGUAGGACACCUUGUGGGUCAACUUGCAAAACUGAAGGGCUGCUAUGUUGUCGGUAGUGCUGGUAGUGAUGAAAAGGUUGAUCUGUUGAAAAGCAAGUGUGGAUUUGAUGAGGCCUUCAAUUACAAUAAGGAGCAGGAUCUGGAUGCUGCUUUGAAAAGGUACUUUCCUGAAGGCAUUGACAUAUACUUUGAGAACAUCGGGGGCAAAAUGCUCGAUGCGGUGCUGCUCAACAUGAGACUCCACGGCAGGAUAGCAGUUUGUGGAUUGAUCUCGCAGUAUAACAUGGAUAAGCCUGAAGGGGUUAAAAGUCUUAUGCUUCUCGUGUCUAAACGGUUGCGGAUGGAAGGUUUUAUGGUAGCUGAUUACUAUCACAUGUACCCUAAAUUCUUGGAUGAGGCGAUAUCUUACAUCAGAGAAGGGAAGAUUGUGUAUGUGGAAGACACCGUGGAAGGGCUAGAGAGUUGUCCGGGUGCUCUCAUGGGACUAUUUAAGGGCCGUAACGUCGGUAAACAAGUGGUCCGAGUUGGUCAAGAUGAGGUAAUCGAUAAGUAAGCUCUUGGAAUUGUGCGCAGAUAUCAUAUGCGGCUGCUUCUAUAUGUCAUUAGGCAAUGCCCGAAAGAUUCAUCUUGAAAUGGUAACGGCAAGAGCUUUCUCUGUUUUUAGUAUCAAAUAUCUUUUGCACUCGAAGAACUGACUUCUGUUAAUUUACAAUAUUCCUUUUGAUAAAACCUCGUUCUGUGCCAUACCAAAAAAUUUGCCUUAUUCCACCCUGACUUGCAUGGCUAUGGCUUCGCCUGCACCAACAUUGGAUACUUCCCAUCCCGGAACUUAUAAAAACCAU